AUACUGAAUUUGAUAACAAUUCGGUGAGAAGAUUGAAUGUUUUUGAUAGGAAUUUGAGCAUAUUACCAGAUCAGUUCUAUCAUGAUCCGGUGGUUUCUAAUGAUCUAAAUGAAAAGCGAUCACGGGCAAAGAAAGCCAUUGUAUUAUUCAUCUUGGUAUUUUUUCUUGUCUGCUUAAAUAUUAGUAACUCUCUCCACGAUCCCAACAACAGUACUCAACAAGAAAAGAUUACAACGUUGCAUAUAGUGGAACGAAAUGAAAUCCUGUUCAGACGUGUGGAUGAAAUGAAUGAAAUUUCUGCAUCCUUGCGUGACAAAAAUGUAUUAAUUUUUGGGCAUACAGUGGAACGAAAUGAAAUCCUGUCCAGACCUGUAAUUAAAAUAAAAAAAAUUUUUGCAUCCUUGUGUGACGAAAACAAUACGGUAAAUGACAGCUGGAAGUGGUGUGACCGAGGUAAUCUAUUAGGAUAUUUUCGAAAUCAUACAAAAACGAUAAAACAUGAUGUAACACCAGAUUUGUUUUAUAAAGCAACAGAGUUUAUCGAUUUAACCAGAUACACCCUGAAUACAACAGCGAUUUACAACAGGAAAUCAAGAUUUGAAGUAUACAAUAUAGCUACGAGGAUUUCCAUUUCUCCAGACAAUACGGUAAAUGACAGCUGGAAUUGGUGUGACGAAUGUCAUUUAUUAGGAUGUGUUCCAAAUCAAAUAAAAACGAUAAAACAUGAUGUAACACCAGAUUUGUUUUAUAAAGCAAAAGAGUUUAUCGAUUUAACCAGAUACACCCUGACUACAACAGCGAUAUACAACAGGAAAUCAAGAUUUGAAGUAUACAAUAUAGCUACGAGGAUUUCAAUUUCUCCAGACAAUACGGUAAAUGACAGCUGGAAUUGGUGUGACGAAUUUCAUUUUUUAGGAUAUUUUCUAAAGCAUAUAAAAACGAUAAAACAGGAAAUAACACAAGAUUUGUUUUAUAAAGCAUCAAUGUGUAUUGAUUUAACCAGAUACACACUGACUACAACAGCAAUAUUCAUAAGGAAAUCAAGAUUUGAAGUAUACAAUAUAGCUACGAGGAUUUCCAUUUCUCCAGGGACAUAUGACAACAUGAUGGGUCUAGGUAGAAUCUUAAUUGCUAUUGGUGGAUUAAUCUUACUACAGACACACCUGUCAGAUGUCAAUGACGACUCCAAUCUUAGGGCGGAAAUGACUGAUAUCCAAGUAACUACAUUUUCAUUUGUUGGAUUAAUCUUACUGAUGCUAUGUUUGAAAUUAGACAAGUAUUGUUCAUGUGUUAUUUUGAAGAACCUAUUAAGGGUAUUUCUGGAUAACAAGGCAGACAUCAAUACGUGUAGUUAUGAUAGAGCAUCUCCUUUGUGUAUUGCUUGUCAGGAUAAUGAUAUAAAGAUAGUGAAUAACAAAGCAGACAUUAAUUCGUGUGAUAAUAGUGGAGCAUCUCCAUUGUUUGUAACUUAUCAGAAUAAUCAUAUAGAGAAAGUAAAGGUAUUACUGAAUAACAAGGUAGACAUUAUUACGUGUGAUGAUAGUGGAGCAUCUCCAUUGUUUGUAGCUUGUCAGCAGAAUCAUAAGGAGACAGCAAAGGUAUUACUGGACAAAAAGGCACACAUUAAUAAGUGUAUGGAUGAUGGAGCACCUCCUUUGGAUAUUGCUUGUCAGAAUAAUCAUAUAGAGAUAGUAAAGCUAUUACUGGAUAACAAAGCAGACAUUUAUAAAUAUAAAGAUGAUAAAGCAUUUUCUUUGUGUAUUGCUUGUCAGAAAAGUCAAACAGAAAUAGUUAGGAUAUUACUGGAUAACAAGACAGGCAUUAAUAAGUGUAAAGAUAAUAGAGCAUCGUUUGUUUAUGAUUUGUCAGAAAAAUCUUAUAGAAAUAGUAAACCAAUACCUGAACAACAGGGCAAACUUUAA